AUGCGGGCAGAUGUGAACACAGAGGCUUUCAGGAUGAACCUCGUGGGAUCCAGCAUCUUCCUGGUUUACCUGUAUGACCGACCAUGGAAAUUCCUUGCGUGGCAGGGUGCGACAGUGGGACUUCUCGUUUGGGCAAACGCCAGCUUCACAGGUAUUGGCACAACAUCUUGGAACGACAUCCGCUCAUUGGCAGCAACGUCGGAUCCGGUGAUGAGUGUUUCAGACUUCCUGAUGAAGCUGCGUUUGGACUCGGCAAGUUCAGCUUCGCCAUCUACAGGAACAGUCAGCGGAAACUCCCUUGGUUCGAUGCUGGCGAAGCUUUGCUUUGGCACAUGGUAUUUCAACGAAGAAGAUGAGCUACUAGUGCAAAGCCGCCGGCAGCUACUGCAGUAUGCGCUUCCCUCACACCCACGUUUACGACUUGCACACGGCAUUGGAGUCAGCUUCAUCAGCCUGCUCAGCUUGGCUGUGCCAGCCAUUUUGGUGGGCUACUGUAUGCUUCAGACCCCACAGCUUCAGCUUUGUGAAGUAGCGGGUGGAACCAUCAAGCCAGAGUUUGAUCCUUGGGCUUCGCAUCAUUAUGUCACCGUGGCUGCUGGUAGGAAGGAAGUGAUCGCAUUCAACUUUGAGAUGGGGCUUGGACAAGCGUCAAGCUAUGGAUUUUGUUGUGGCUCCAACUCAUGUCCAACUCACGGAUUCGGAGAAAACCAGCCUUCUGACCAUCUCCUGAUAAAGGCCCGCGUUUCUCAGUCAGAGUUUGGCACUUGCUUGCUGAAACUUCGAGGGCUUCGUGAGCGAGAGUACCAGUUCACAAUCCUGGCUGCCCGAAGUUUCAGCGUAAGGGCAGAGAUACUGGGUUGCUGUUAA